AAAUCUCUUUACGGCCUUAACCCCUCCUUAUCGGCGUAACCUUCUUCAAGACUACAGCAUUCGCUUCUGCACUCCGCUCCUCUGCUUUCAGCUCCUUGAGCUUCUACUUUCAUUUCCUUCCACAACUGGCAGCAGCCCAGCCUCCGAACUCGACAGUGCCCUCCCCAAACUUAACCAUCACAUCUGUAAAACCCAGCUGCUUGAAUGGGCUUUGUCAUCGCAUUUGAUAUUUCCCUCUCUGGGUGCUCGGCAAUUCACCAAAAAGGCAAGAUUCGUUUUGGUAUCCUUAAGUGCUGCUGAACGUUAUAAACUAUAAAUUGACACCGGCAAGACCCUCAUCUCCCGAUCCCACCAAGAAAUUCCAAAGCUGCGACGAUGAAGUCCACGUUUCCAACCCGCCCACGUUAGCCGUGAAUCUCUCACUAGCUUGGGAGACUUUUAGUUUUGCAAAGAUCAACUUCGAGAAAGAGUAACAGAGUGAAGAGAAUAAUGUCUGAAGACUGUCAAUCAUACUGUGACCGAAAUGCCCUAGGGGUGUUUUUGGAGUAGAGCCAAGCUGCUUAUAUGCCCACAAGAUGAGUGGAAUGGGUGAAAAUUCCUCUGACCUUGCCAGAUUAGACUCCAGAAAACGCAAGGAAUCACCAUGUGACCAUCCACGACCAAGCCCUAAACGUAGUACUGAGAAACGUCACCGUGAGCAAGAGAAUAAGUAUAUUGAAGAACUUGCUGAGCUGAUAUUUGCUAAUUUUAAUGAUAUUGACAACUUCAACGUAAAACCAGACAAAUGUGCAAUCUUAAAAGAAACUGUGAAACGAAUCCGCCAUAUAAAAGAGCAGGAAAAAGUAGCUGCAAAUGAAGAUGCAGUGCAGAAGGCUGAUGUAUCCUCCACAGGUCAAGGUGUCAUCGACAAAGAUGCACUUGGACCAAUGAUGCUCGAGGCUUUGGAUGGAUUUCUUUUUGUGGUCAAUCUUGAAGGGAACAUCGUGUUUGUAUCUGAGAAUGUGACCCAGUACCUGAAGUACAACCAAGAGGAGCUUAUAAACUCCAGCGUAUACAGCAUUCUUCAUGUCGGUGAUCAUGCAGAGUUUGUCAGAAACCUUUUGCCUAAAUCUCUCGUUAAUGUGGUGCCUUGGUCCAGUGAAGCCCCGAGACGAAACAGCCACACUUUUAAUUGUCGUAUUUUGGUUAAACCGCCUGGUGAAGCUGAGGAGGAAGGCCAUGAUAACCAGGAAGCACCUCAAAAAUAUGAAACUAUGCAGUGUUUUGCUGUAUCUCAACCAAAGUCAAUAAAAGAAGAGGGAGAAGAUUUGCAGUCCUGUUUAAUCUGUGUUGCAAGGAGAGUUCCUGUGAAGGAGAGGUCACAAUUCGCUAAUACUGAAAGUUUUACCACAAAACAUGAUUUAUCAGGCAAACUAAAAUCUCUGGAUAUAAAUGCAUUACGUGCAUCAAUGAAGCCAGGCUGGGAAGACUUAGUGCGAAGGUGCAUUCAAAGAUUUCACCUACAAAAUGACAAAGAGAUUGCAUUUGCUAAGAGGCAUCAUCAUGAAGUGUUAAGGCAAGGUCAGGCUUUGAGUCCUGUGUAUCGGUUUUCUUUAUCUGAUGGCACCAUGGUUGCUGCACAAACAAGGAGCAGGCUUAUGCGCACUCCAAAUGCGAGCGAGCCUCAGUUUAUCAUGUCACGGCAUGUUGUUCAAAGAGAGCAAAAUGUUUGUGGGAUGAAUCAGGAAUCAACUGGACAAGGAAUGGGAAAGCCAUUGAAUCCAAAUUCCAGUGGUCCGGCUCUGGCAAGUGUUUCGGCUGCAGCCACAGGUCAAGAGAUGGCAAUGAACAGCAGUUCUAACUUUGCCAUGAAUGGCCUGAAGGAUCAAACAGGUAUGGGACAGAUGCCAGGAAACAGGUUUGUUACAGGUGGAAUAAACCAUGGAUCAAGCAUGCAAGCAGCCACUCCUCAGGGUAGUAACUAUGCACUCAAAAUGAGCAGCCCAUCGCGGAGUAGUCCAGGUGUGACUGCUGGGCAACAGAACUCCAUGCUUUCUCCCAGACAUCGUGGAAGUCCUGGGAUGGUUGGAAGCCCCCGCAUCUCAGCUAAUCAGUUUUCUCCUGUAGGAAACUUGCAUUCUCCAGUCGGGGUUUGUAGCAGCACAGGGAGUAGCCAUAGCUACUCCAGCAGCUCCCUUAACGCACUUCAAGCCCUCAGUGAAGGACAUGGGGUAUCUCAUGGGGCAUCGCCGGAACUGAAAAUGGUGACUUCACAGAGUUCUCCUGGAAGUAUCAGUUCUUCGCUCACCAAAAAAGGGAGCAUGGACUCCAAAGAUUCUUUCGGGUUGUUUGGUGAGCCAGUGCCGGCUGAAGUUGCAGCCGGCCAGUCAGAAAGCGGACUUUCUGGGGAACAGAAAGAUAGCGGCGAAGGUAACUUAAAUCCGUUUGGUGGUGGAGAGAGGACUGAUGGCCAAGGCAGAGGGCACGACAGCAAAGGACAUACCAAACUUUUACAGUUACUGAUCACCAAGUCAGAUCAAAUGGAGGCGACCCCUUUGCCAAGUACUCUUGGGGAUUCUAUUAAAGAGUCACCAGGCAAUUCAUUAGGACUACUGUCUACUUCAGGAGUGACAUCAUCCACAACCAACACCUCUACAUUACAUGGGCCGUCGCUGAAAGAAAAACACAAAAUUUUGCACAGGCUCCUGCAGGACAGCACUUCUCCCGUGGACUUGGCAAAGCUAACCGCAGAGGCCACGGGUAAGGAACACAACAACCAGGACGUUGGCGGUUCAAUUACCGGUGGAGAAAUAACAAUCAAGCAGGAGCAAAUGAGCCCCAAGAGGAAAGAAAAUGCACUACUUCGAUACCUACUGGACAAGGACGACACAAGUAUGCAUAAUAUUAAACCUAAACCCGAGCGAAUGGAUAGCAAGUUGGAUCCCUGCAUGAGCACUAAACCGGCAAUCAAGUCUGAGAAGGAGAUGAACUUUGAGCCAUCAGAACAGCAGAUCAGCAGUGACUUGGAUAACUUAGAAGAAAUUCUUGAUGACCUGCAGAACAGUCAGCUACAGCAGAUUUUCCCAGACAUGAAAGCGGUUUCUGCCAGUGGACCAGUUGACAAGCAGACCAUCUUCCAGGACCUCCUCCAAAUUGGCAAUGGGAAUGUCUCCGCGUCGCCACUUGGAACACCGAGUCCGUUAUCGGGGAUGUUACAAAAUGCUGCUUUCAAUAAUCCUCGAGCUGUGCCGCCAGGCAGACCACAACAAGGCCGAAACGCAGGACUGGACAUCCACAUGCAGGGUCAGACAAGUGCAGGAUCAUUCCCACCAAUACGAAACAGCAGUCCAUUUGCUGUGAUGUCACAGCAAAUGAUGGCUAAUCAAACAGUGCUGGGUAGUCAAGGAGGCUUGGCAGCCAGUGCAGGGAUGGUCAGUAGUAUGGCAAGUGGAGCCCCUCGACCCAGCAUGGCUUCUGUAGACUGGGGUCAGUCAAGCUCUGCUGCAAACACCACGGGCAGCUCAGGAUCCAACACAAUAAGCAGGACAACACUGCAAGGCAGCAUGAUCGGCAGUCCUACGUCUGCUAUUCCUAUGAGACCGAACAGUCAGCCUGGUCAGAGAUCGAUGCUCCAAACACAAAUAAUGGGGUCAUCAGAAAUUGAGGUGGGUAUGGGAGGUUCAUCCUAUGGCCAGCAGCAAGCACCUCCAAACCAAACAGCACCUUGGCCUGACAGUAUAAUGCCUAUUGAUCAGGGGCCUUUUGCCAAUCAAAAUCGUAGGCAGUCGUACAGCAGUUCUCAAGAUGAUCUGCUUUGUCCAUCUUUACCAACGGAAGCUACAAAUGAUGAAGGUGCCAUUCUAGACCAGUUACGUUCAGCACUAAAGAAUAUUGAUGAACUAGGACUGGAGGAAAUUGACCGGGCACUUGGAAUACCUGAACUCGUUAAUCAGAGCCAAAGUGUGGAUCACCAGCCAGAGUCUUUUCCGAGCCAGAAGUCCACAAUGAUGGUAGAAAAACCUCAAGUCUAUAAUCAGCCAUAUGGUCCACAGACCACAGUAGUACAAGGAAACUACUCUACCAUGCAGGAACCUAAUUUUCAUCCUCUGGCAGCUCAAAUGGGACAACGCCCAGGAUACCCGAUGUUACGUAUGCAACCAAGGCCUGCACUGAGGCCGUCUGGGAUGGUGCCAAACCAGCCCAAUCAGCUUCGGCUUCAACUUCAACAAAGGCUUCAAGGACAACAAAUAAAUCGACAGCCACUGAUGAACCCACUCACCACUGUCUCAAAUAUGAAUCUACCUCUAAGAGCUAGUGUGCCACCACAGAUGAGUGGUCAGGGACCUAUAAAUGCACAGAUGCUGGCCCAGAGACAGCGUGAACUUCUGAAUCAGCACCUGCGCCAAAGGCAGUUGAUACAGCAGCAGCAGCAGCAGGCACAACAGAGAACCAUGAUGAUGCGGCAGCAGGGCUUGAACAUCCCACCAAAUAUGACAGCCUCUGGCGGCAUGGCAACCGCCAUGAGCACUCCUCGGAUUCCUCAGGCAUCACCACAACAGUUCCCAUACCCUCCGAACUAUGGUACUGGGCUUACUUCCCCACCACCUUCCACCAGUCCUUUCUCCCCAGUGUCCCCAAAUCCUGGGUCACAGCUCCUCUCUCACGGCUCCUUGCAUGGCUCCCAGAUGAAUCUGGCUAACCAGGGAAUGAUAGGAAAUGUGGGAGGACAGUUUGGGCCUGUAAUGAGUCCCCAAAUGCAGCACAAUGCCUUCCAGUUUCCCAGCUCAGGAAUGAAUCAGCAGUCUGAUGCAGGAUUUGGUGGGUCGACAACCCCCCAAAGCCCAUUAAUGUCUCCAAGGAUGAGUCAUACACAGAGUCCAAUGAUACAGCAGUCUCAGCCUACACCUACCUACCAAUCACCUUCUGAGAUUAAUGGCUGGCCACAGGGAAGCAUUAAUGGAAACAGCAUGUUUUCACAGCCGUCCCCACCACAGUUUGGACAGCAGGCAAACACCAGCAUGUACAGCAACAACAUGAAUAUCAGUGUUUCUAUGGCAACCAAUACUGCUGGUAUGAACAACAUGAAUCAGAUGUCAGGGCAGAUUAGCAUGACCUCAAUGACCUCUGUGCCUACAUCAGGAUUGUCCUCAAUGGGUGCUGAACAGGUCCAGAAGGUCCACGUGCUUGCUGAUGUACAGUGCAAGGCCAACAUUUAGGUGGUAACAAUUAUACCAACAAACAAGCUCCACCAGAUCAAGCCAAGAAAAGUGCAGCAGCCAAUUGAACUCUCAGCCAGUCUCAGAGAAAUUCUUAUUACAAGUGUUGCUCAGAGAGUGACAGGCUCCUUAGUAGCAAUGUACUUGUCUACUGAAGCUGCUUUCUCCAUUAAUUGCAUUCACCAUAAGUGUGACUUAAGUCUGUCCUCACAACAGAUCGACAUCGGCUUCGAACCUUGUCCGAUGAAUGUAUUUCUAUCGUCGUUUUGCAGAACGAUCAGCUCUUUGCGCUUUUUUUUUGAUCCUCGGUGGUUGCUGACUUUUCUGCUGUUUAAUCCAGUGUGCAGGCUUUCAGCCAUAUUUUCCUUCAGUAUUUAGAAAUGAAGCCUUUCUUUAAAAGGUUCUGCUGUGAAUAUAAAUAAACAUACCAAUAAGCUGAAAACUGUAAGAAUAAAGAAUUUGAUUUGGAAGGUAUUUAAGUGGAAUAUGAAUUUUGUUUUUGAUAAAGCCAAAUGGGGAAUAGACUUCAGGUGGUUUGUGACUUCUGUCAGCAAGAGUUGGUGCAUUAUCUUUUCAUGCUAUGCUUGUGUUCUGCAGUCACGGUUCAAUAUCCAGGGUGCAUGAAACUUUUGCCCUAAUUUUUCAUUAUAUUGAUGAAAUAUAAUAUUUUGGCUCUGCAGACUGAGGCUACCUAUUAAACAUUAUCAGCUCUGCAAAGUCCCACCUCUCACACUAGAUUAACUUAUCUGACCAUAACUGUUACAUGCUGAUUGAAAAAUAUAGAAUUACCAACAUCAUCUCAUAAUAAGACCAAUCUAAUGCUUUGCUGUGGUUACCAAUCCAGACAGGUGACCAAAUGUGUAGCUUAUUCAUUCUCUCUAUCUAUCACUUCCACUUACUCAGACUCCUGAUUGUUCUCCCAGGCCAAAUCUACAUGCUAGAUCCGACAGCCUGUCAGAAAUGGGCACUCACGUCUGUACCCAUGCACAAAAUGCAGAAUAGUUUUCUCUUGGUCAUUUGGACUGUCUCAGGAAAGCCCUUAAUGCCACCCUGCCCCCAAACCCACUCCAGUCACCCAACGAAAGGCAGGAAUUUGUAACUAUUUCCCUCUGCAGUACAAAAGUGUCUGUCACGCACCCGGACCGUAUUCCAAUUCAACGACUAACACCUGGUCUUCCUGCAAAAAAAAAAUUCCCAUCCUACAAAUGUUAAUCAGUUCCCUUGGCGCUAAAGGCCAGCUACCUUCUCACCAUCACCAUCGUCCCUUCUUCAAGAGCAUGACUGUUUGCUCCUCACAGGCUGUGCCCCUACCACCAGUAGCAGCAGACUAAUAGACUGGCCUGUUCCGGCUCCUUUGCGGCCUUAUCUCUGUCAACCAGAGGGGAGUGGUGUGAUUCCGCCUCUCCCACACGGGCCAAGGUGCAGCAUGGAGUUCAGGUGUAUCAUUGAAAGCAGCUAGGUAUUUCUCCACCUCAAUACUUUCAAAUAAUUCUGUGAUGGCAAAAUCAAAAGCAAGUAUAAAAUUUUUCCCUCCUUGGUGUACAUUUCUUGUCUAUUUUGUACAAUUUUCCAGCAAAUAAUGUUCAUUAGCACUGGUCAAAGCUAACUGAAAAGUCAUGGGUUUCUGAAUACCCAGUUGGGUACUAAUGCAUAGACGGAAAAAUUCAAAGUUAUUUUUUAUUUUAGCUGGACUUUUAAAAUGAGGAGAUGCCCUGUGUUGAGCUUCACUGCUAAUUCACAGUAAUUUAACAUUGCAACUCAGUAAUCAUGAAGAGUAUUACUAAAGUUAAUUUUCUAAUUGUUUAAUUGUCCCUGAACAAUCAUUUGGUUUGGGACUGAACUGUACAAAGGGGUUUAAUUUCAGAGUCGUGUACGUAAAAAAAAUUAAUCAGCUUCUGACAAGAAAUUCACAAAAUGGUGCGUACUAUCUUCUGUAUAGAACCAAUAUUGUAUUACAGGAUUCAUUGCCGUUCUGGUAUCAAGUCACAGUUUUUUUUACUCUAAUGCAGAAUUCAUCUUGUUAACCAUUCUAUUGACCACUGAAUAGGUUUGGAGUUUAUUUAAGGUUUGUUGAGUUUCCUUUGAUAGGUGUGGGGGGGUGCGGGGGGGGUU